AUGGCGUCUCCGUCAGGCAGCACCAAGCAGGAAACCAGCGGAACACACACACCCAAGAACCGUGCCCUCAAAACCACCGACACACACCCAAGAACCCCGCCCUCAAAACCACCGACACGCACCCAAGAACCCCGCCCUCAAAACCACCGACACACACCCAAGAACCCCGCCCUCAAAACCACCGACACACACGCAAGAACCCCGCCUUCAAAACCACCGACACACACCCAAGAACCCCGCCCUCAAAACCACCGACACACACCCAAGAACCCCGCCCUCAAAACCACUGACACACACCCAAGAACCCCGCCCUCAAAACCACCGACACACACCCAAGAACCCCGCCUUCCCAACCACCGACACACACCCAAGAACCGUGCCCUCAAAACCACCGACACACACCCAAGAACCCCGCCCUCAAAACCACCGACACACACCCAAGAACCCCGCCCUCAAAACCACCGACACACACCCAAGAACCCCGCUUUCAAAACCACCGACACACACCCAAGAACCCCGCCCUCAAAACCACCGACACACACCCAAGAACCCCGCCCUUAA